AAGCGGUUCUAAUUUUUGUUUAUUCGCAUCAUGAAAUAUUUACUAAGUGACGAAGAAGUCUUAAUUAUUGUAAAGAAUGCGACAAAAUCAGAAAAUAUCACAAACGUUCGAUGGAUUCUCAAGCAAAAAGAGGGAGAAUUGACAGGAUUUCUCGGUUCUUAUCAUAAGUUGCGAGUAGAUGCUUCCAUAGACUCAAAACCGGAAACUUUGAACUUUUUCGUUAAAACUCUCCCUGAUGGCAGCGAACAACGUGAAUUCAUUGAACGAACAAAUCUUUUCCUCAAAGAAGCCGUUAUUUAUUCUGACAUGUUGGAUCGUAUGCCCGACUUGAAAAGUGUUCCAAGAAGUUAUUACUAUCGAAAAGAUAUUUUAGUGCUAGAUGACUUGGCUUUGAAAGGAUAUUCUUUGAUGCCAGCUCGAGCAAAUUUUCCUCAAAGUCAUGUUCAGUUAGUUUUGAAAGCUUUGGCGGAGAUGCAUGCUGCUUGUUUCCAUUUUGAAGAGGAAAUUCUCAAAGAUUCGUUAGAAAAUGUCUUUAAAGAGCCACUUUCGGAAGUAAUGUUCAUUUCUGAUAAUAUUUGGCUCACUAUGGGGUUCGAUACUAUUAAGAAAAUCGCCCUUGAAAAGUCAAAAUAUGCAAAAGAUUCAAAAAUCUGUAAACUAAUAGAGGAAAACUUCUUAAGAGAGAUAAACAAAAUUUUUGAACUCUUAAACGAAACACCAGAAAAAUACAAAAAAGUUAUUUGUCAUCGUGAUAUUUGGAGAAAUAAUUUAAUGUUCAAGUUCGAUAACGAUGGAAAUCCGCAAGAUUGUAUUUUGGUUGACUUUCAACAAGUUCGAUACAUGCCGCCAGCUGCUGAUGUUCUAUUUGCCUUACAUUGCUUGCAAAGAAUGAACGACCGAAAAAAGUAUUAUUUGGAAAAUUUGAAAUUUUAUCACGAGUGCCUCACAUCAUCGUUGCAAAAGUAUCACUUGAAUGUGGAUAAAUUCCUUUCAUUUGGCAAUCUGGUCGAUUCUUGUGAACAUUAUCGGCUUUUUGGAGCACUAAUUAAAGCAAUUUACAUUCAAACCACCUACUUCCCAACAGAGGAAAUGGCAAAAUUACGCAACGAUGGUGACAACUACCGGAAAUUUAUUACCGAGGAUCGAUCAAUUUUGUUAACGUUCAUCGAGACCGAUAAAGUAUUUCGUGAUUGGAUGUUGGAAGCGGUUGAGGAACUCGUUGAAAUGCUAAUAAUUCCGAGAUGGCUUUGAAUGUUGCUAAUGGAAAUAGUUUUUAAAUGUAAAAACCGAUAGAAAAUUUGAAAAUUCUACUUUAAUACAAAAUACCAGUCGUUCGCCUCUCAAAGCUUUCCAUCUGCUAAUUCAAGUCCAUAUCCUGCUUGGCGCCAUCAAAGCGGAAAGCGGUAAAAAUUGGAACUAAUUUAAGCUACUGUCCAACUGAGGGCGCUGGAGUUUUUUUUAUAUCACUUUCAUUCGUCUCACUUGCAAAAAUCGGUGGAUCUGAAUUAAAAUCAUCAAUAAAAUUUUAAAUUUCUUAAAGAGUAAACAUUAAAAUCCUUCAACAAAACAAGACGCACAAAAGAUCGAAUCAAUUCAAAAGCAAUUCCUGCUAUUCGCUCUUCGGGGACUAGGAUGGUUUUCAUACCACUUGCCUAACUACCAUGCAAGGUUGGCCUUCAUAAACUUGCCCUCUUUGGAAGAUCGUAGGACACUCGCUGAAGUAAUGUUCGCUUUUAACUUGCUACGUGAGAACAUUAAGUGUCCUGAGCUCCGAGCCAAAAUGAUACGCCAUCAACCGACAAGAAAUUUGAGACACGAGCGCUUCUUUGAGCUGAGACAUUGUGAUAGUGAGUUUGCUGGAUCAGAGAUUUUUCAUAGAUGUGCUUUGUCCUUUAAUCGUUUUAGUAGCGUGUACUCGAACGAAAUGUCUGCUAGUAAUUUUAAGAAACAUGUAUUAUUAGAAUUAAGAAAUAGCCAUUAAGAUGAAAACUGAUGCGACUUUUUAUCGUAUUUUGGUAGAUA